AUGGAAAGGUGCCGAUACCGGGUGUCCCAAAGAGGAAAUGUCAAGGGCGUGACAUGGCCACUCGCUGUGAAUGUCUUGAAAUGCUGGUUCGACGAACACCACCACAAUCCGUAUCCAUCCAAGGAGGAGAAGGCAUCUCUAGCUGCUGAGACCGGCCUAACAGUCAGUCAGGUAAAUACGUGGUUUGCAAACUCUCGACGCCGACGAAAAAACAGGGGCAUUCCCCGGGCUCCAACACCGGUGCCUUCCCAGGGACCCAUCGAUAUCAGCCGCCCAGCCCCAUCUUCAUUUAUGAGCCCGCUGGAGCGAUGGAGGAACUCGCCUCCCGAGGCCGAGGCUGCUUCAUUCGAUGCAAUCAUGGGUGCCGUUUUUGAUAGUGGCCACACGUCAUAUCAAGACAGCAAUUUCAGGUCAUCGCAGCAAUCAACACCCAGCGAUGCUCGAUCAAGCGCGUCGUCCAAUGCUUCUGGAUCCGGUAUCUCAAACAAAUCUGCGUCGUCUGCAUGCAGUCGAGGCUCCUAUAGUUCUAAUGGGUCUUUCACCCGGUUCUACUCCGCCGAGUCGGUAGCCCGGCGUCGACGACGCAGAAAGCGCGCGGCUGUGUUCCCACAAGGAGCGGAAAAAGCAGUACCGGAACGACGGCCCUACCAAUGCACAUUUUGCACAGACACAUUCCGCACCAAGUACGACUGGACACGGCAUGAAAAGACAUUGCAUCUGUCACUGGAAAGCUAUACCUGCUCCCCGGAUGGCCCACUUUAUACAGGUGUUGAUGGUACCUCCCGGUGCGUGUUCUGUGAUCAGCCCAAUCCGUCAGAGAGCCAUAUCGAGAGCCACAGUUAUAGUAGGUGUCGAGAAAAGCCGGAGGUACUGCGGAAAUUCUACCGCAAAGACCACCUCGUUCAACAUUUGCGCCUUGUGCAUGGAAUUAAUCAAUUCCUACCUUCGAUGAAUAGCUGGAAGGCACAGGUUGAUCAAAUCAACUCUCGGUGCGGGCUGUGUGGCGAGAGAUUUGUCUCAUGGAAAGAACGGAAUGAACACAUUGCGCAGCACUUCCGGGAUGGUGCGCGAAUGAAGGACUGGAGGGGAUCCAGGGGCCUCGACCCGUCGGUAGCUUUAGCUACGGAAAAUUCCAUGCCCCCCUACCUGAUAGGCGAGGAAUCGUUGACGCUGGAUCCAUGGAGCGCGUCCCGCCAAUCGGAGGGUUUAAACACAGCGGACAAUAUGUUCCUCGACCCGCGGCUCCCGGCUGCGUCAAAUCCGUCAUCAUUUGAAUAUUUUACCUUGCAGCUCGCCAACUUUGUCCGAAACGCGCAGGACUCCAAUGAGACGGUUACCGACAGCAUGAUCCAUACCGCGGGCCGCCAUAUCCUGUUUGGCGAUGACGACCCUUGGAAUCAAACACCAGCCGACAAUGCAGAAUGGCUCGGGAUGUUUAAGCGAGGAAUGGGCAUUGAGACCGUGCGAAAGCCUUGA